AUGGCUUUGUGUAUGAUUCACUGCUUUGCUUUGGUGUUUCUCAUUGACUUCACUUCAUCAGGACGUGUGCUGUGGAAGCUGAAGGAGCGUACACUCGCGGUCCAUGAGCAGAGAACUAAGCAGCUUGUGAUGUUAACGAACGCGGCACAACUCCUGGAGGGUCAAAUUCACCAAAGUCUCGAUCAUUUUAACAGAAAAGACUUGAACACCUUCAAACAGAGAUUCAUUGUGAAUGAAGCUUUUUGGCAGCAACCCGAUGGUCCAGUUUUCCUCUACAUUGGCGGCGAAGGACCACUAUCUAAAUUCAGCGUCUUGGCUGGUCACCAUGUGGCCAUGGCAGAAAAACACAGAGCCCUUCUGGUGGCUCUUGAACACCGUUUCUAUGGUUCGAGCACCGUUCCGGGUGGCCUGGAGGUCAUUAACCUGCAGCACCUCUCCAGCCAGCAGGCCCUAGCUGAUCUGGCUGCUUUCCAUGGCUAUAUCGGUCAAAAGUAUGGCCUCACUGACAAGAACAUCUGGAUCAGUUUUGGGGGCUCAUACGCCGGUGCUCUUUCUGCCUGGUUCAGAGGAAAGUUUCCUCACCUUGUUUAUGGAGCAUUGGCGUCCUCUGCUCCCAUUCAGGCAACGCUGGAUUUCUCUGCUUAUAACAAGGUGGUUGGAUGUAGCCUUUCAGAUGAGAGUGUAGGAGGCUCUAAAAAGUGCGAGAGCAGUGUUCGGAAGGCCUUUGCGGUGCUGGAGACGGCUUUGCUGGGGGGGAACGAGACUCAAGUGGUGAGGGAUUUUGCUUGCUGUGAAUUACCGAAGAUCCCAGAGGACCGACUAGAGCUUGUGCAGAGUCUGGCUGACAUCUUUAUGGGAAGUGUGCAGUACAACGAGGAAGGUGUGAUGCUGACCAUUGCUCAGAUUUGUGACGUUAUGACAAACCAGAGCCAAGAACAAGAAGAGGAAGGGGAGGCGUAUGACCGACUGGUCAAACUUGCUAAGAUGUACCGUGCUUUAACACAGGAGUCAUGUCUGGAUAUCUCUCAUGAGCAUGCCAUCCACAACCUAAACAAAACCACCGGGACCAGCUCUGGGUACAGACAAUGGUUCUACCAAACCUGCACCGAGUUUGGCUUCUAUCAGACGUGUGAGGACGCUAGCUGCCCAUUCUCCCGCAUGCUGACGUUGCAGUUUCAAACACAGCUCUGCCUCUUGCUGUUUGGGAUUCCUCAACAUACAGUGCGUCGAAACAUUGACUUCACCAACCAGUACUAUGGCGGGGGCAAACCCCAAUCGCAGCAUGUGCUUUACAUCAAUGGUGACAUUGACCCUUGGAAGGAGUUGAGCAUUGUCUACAAUAGAACCAGCGUGGAUCAGGACAGGGCCGUCCUCAUUCGCAGCGCUGCUCACUGCGCCGAUAUGAACCCCACAUAUGCCAGAGACAGACCCUCACUGCGCCAGGCGAGGAAGGAAAUUGAAAGGCGUGUCGCCACGUGGCUGAGGAGGGCAGCACGAGAGCAGUCGGCAUGGUCAGAUAUUAUCGCACAACCAAAAGGCCCUGUGCCGCUUUGAUCUGGCAAUACCCUGAUUUUCUGCCUUCUGUGAAUUGAUCUUAUAAACUGCUCUUGAAUUUG